AGUUAAGUUGCAUAAUAGUCAAAAUACUUGUGUUUUGAAUGUUUUGAUGCAUAUUUGUGAAAAUGUGCUUGUUGGAGGACUGAUACUUUAGAGUGCAGAGUAUAACAACUAAAAGUAAAUUCUGAAUGAAACCAGUUGAAUAUAAAUCACAAAUGUGGGCUUCAGACAAUUGACUAACACAUUCACACACACCAGUAUUUAAUUUUAAUGCGAUGGCAGGUAAACACAUUGUUAUAACAAUACUGAAUUGCAGCUAUUGAAUAGUGUGUAGAAAUUGUGUAUUGUUUUAAAGAAAGACUCUCAAAAUCCAUUUUUUGAUGCUCUUUUGAAGCGAUCUGAGUCAACAACAAAAGACAGAUCAAACCUCCUCUCAUGGAUGUUGAACAUUUUGCACUGUAUAGAGAUUAAUUACAUUACUCCCAGCUGGAAAAGUCCAACAGGAAAGACACUUAUUGAGCUGAUCCAAAACAAGAUUUUAACAGAUGAAGCCCUUAAGAUAUAUUUAGCUGAUGACAGAGAAAAAAAACUGGAUGAAAUUCUUAAAGAAAUCCGCCAACAAGAGUUAAACCAAGUUGAUGAAAAGCUUUUAGAUGACGUGAGAGACAUUGUAUCAUCAGUUGUUGAGAAUCUUUCUUUACACAGUGAUGGGUCACAGCUCAGUGACUUGAAAAAACACUUGCUGAGGCUCUGUCAGGCUGUAGAAAACACUCACUUCAGACCACGAGUGACACAGAUGGUGAGCUGGUGUAUUAUGGCUCUCUCUGAAACAGGGCGGAUAAUUCAGGUUGGCACUGGAGAGGGGAAGUCGUGUAUUGUGGCAAUGUUUGCAGCUUUUCAAGCUCUGAGAGGAGAAAAGGUAGACAUCAUGUCCAGUUCAUCAGUCCUCGCAGAGAGAGAUUUGGACGAAUGGAAAGAUUUUUAUGAGAAUUUGAAAAUAAGUGUAGACUGCAACACCAACAAACAAGAUAAAGAGUUAAAAAAGUGUUAUGAAUGUCAAGUUGUUUAUGGUACUGUGGAAGAGUUUGCUGGAGACUGGCUUCGGCACCACUUUAGAAGGUUGGACAUAUUUGGAGAAAGAAAAUUCCAGUGUGCAAUUGUGGAUGAAGUGGAUUCCCUGAUGCUAGAUAAGGGUCUUCAUACGAUCUAUUUAAGUAGUGAUAUGCCUGCGCUGCAACAUCUCAAUUCACUGUUGGCAUUCAUAUGGAAUUCUGCUAAUCAGUACAGUAAGAUUGGCAGAGAGAUAACUGUGGGGCGAAAAUACCCCUUUUUUAAUUUUGUCACUAUGUGAAGAAUUUUUUGUGAUUGUCAAGAAAGUGAAAGAAAAACAUUGGUGGAACCACUGGUGAAUGUUGGGGAUUUUUUGUCUACAGACAACAAAGAUGUUAGCCAAGAUACGGUAUGACUUUUGCCAAACUGCCUUUGCACGGCAUUUUCUAUUUAUGGCAGUCAUGUACACCAGUCCUGCCCUACCAAAACAGAAAGCUGUAACUACUGCAGGUAGGCUACAGUAAGUAGUAGGGUUUAAAAUAAGUCCAACAAGUAAAUCAAAAGGAUAAUUGGAAAUCCCCACAGGGUGGUGUCGUGGUAAGGUUGGUGAAAAAGAAACUAAAAUGUAUUCAAAAGAAAGAAUCAAAUGUACAGAUGAUGCAGAUCAUCUCAGGUGUCUGAAAGACUCACACCACUUCUCUUCUUUUUCAUCUUUUUAACAGGUGAGUAUCAGACUACUACCAACACAUUAAAUGCAUUAACAACAAGAAGAGUUCAGUGUUUCAACCAAAAUGGAUGAAUCUGACAUGGAUAUCAGCAUAAAAGAUGAUCUUCUAAACAAGCUGCAAGGACUGGUUACAAACAUCAAAUGGAGCCCAAAGGAUGCCACUGACCUGUUUGAUGCUCUUCUGAAGCGAUUCGAC